CUUUUAGCCAUUACCAUUUAUCUACUUUCUUAAUUACUAUUUACUAAUUAGUUUAUAGUUGCAUUGAAUUGCACUGAAGUCAUAACUUAUAAUUUCUAGUAAUUAAUUCAAUUCAAUGUUUUUAAUGACUACUUAAUAGUUUAGAGCUAUUAUUUCUUUUGAUGUUCACACUGUGGUCAUGGGGCGCCAACUCUCACGGUCAAUUAGGACUCGACGAAAUCAACGAACAAAUAGAAGAACCCACACGAUUGUCAACAGAUUGCAUUGAUAGUAUAAAACAGAUUGCAUGCGGGGGCGGUCAUACGUUGCUCUUAGAUAACGAUGGUAGACUUUAUUCAUGUGGGUGGAAUACUAAAAAACAACUGGCACUUGAACAUGAGGUAUACAAGUUUCAAAGAGUGUGGAGCCUGAGUGGUGUUAAGUUUACAAAUGUUGCAUGUGGAUGGGAUUUUAGCUGUGGCGUUACUGAUGACAAUUUUUUAUUUGUUUGGGGUUCUAACAGUCAUGGCCAAUUAGGACUCCCCAAAGAGCAUUUCUCUGAAGCCACAAAACCGAUAAGACUGCAAGUAAAUGCAUGCACAGUAUCUAUGGGCCUAAGACAUACAGCAAUAAUUAAUUCUAAGGGUGAAGUUUGGAUAACAGGUUGUGGUAAACAUGGACAACUUGGCCUAGGAAAAGAUGUACAAUUUUCGGAUAGGUUCCAAAAAGUUCCAAUACUAAAAAGUAUAACUCAUGUUUCAUGUGGUCAAAACCACACUGUAGCUUGGAGUUCUGAUGAUAAAGCCCUCUAUGUUUGGGGUGAUAAUAAACAUGGACAGUUACUCCUGAAGCCGGAAAAAUAUAAAAAAAUUUACAAACCAGAAAAAAUUGACAUUGAUGUAAGAAAAAAGGUUAAAAAACUAGUAAGUGGUUGGACAAAUGUUCUUCUAUGGUUGGAAGAUGGGCAGAUUCUAACUUGGGGAAGAAAUAACUAUGGGCAACUUGGAACAGAAAACCCAUUUGAAGGGAACAUAAUUCAUGUUCAAUUACCAGAUAAAAGGCAGGUGCGGGAUGUAGUACUGGGGUCCGAACAUACGAUUUGUUUAGCUGAUGAUAAUACUUUAUGGGCAUGGGGAUGGAAUGAACAUUCAAACACUGGAACAAAAUCAGGGGAAUUGGUACUUUGCCCAACACUUAUUCCAGUGGAUAUACAAAUUAAAGUUGAAAAAAUUUUUUCUGGUGGUGCUCAUAAUUUUAUGUUAUCAUCCUAAAUAACAAUAAAAAAGAUGUACUAAUUAAAACCAAUUUAUGGUGCUUUAUCACUUAAGAUAUUUAAUAAAGAACAAAAAUUUAUAAAAUCAUA